AUGCGACGUUUGCGUGAAGCAAUCCGAAAAAAACGCCCCGAUUUAUGGAAAAACAAUUCAUGGCUUUUGCACCACGAUAACGCACCUGCUCAUUCGUCGUUGCUUGUUCGUAAUUUUUUGGCCAAAAACAAUACCGUAGUCAUGCCCCAACCUCCAUAUUCACCAGAUAUGGCUCCGUGUGAUUUUUUCCUGUUCCCAAAGUUGAAAAGACCCAUGAAAGGACGGCGUUUUUCCUCGAUUGAAGAAAUAAAAGCCGAAUCGCUGAGAGUGCUCAAGGACAUGCCAAAAAGUGAAUAUCAAGAGUGCUUCGAAGAUUGGAAAAAACGCUGGCAUAAGUGUAUUAUAUCUGGGGGGGACUAUUUUGAAGGGGACCACAUUGAUGUAGACGAACAAAUAAAUAUUUUUUUGAAAAAACGGAAAUUCCGGGUACUUUUUGAACACACCUCGUAUGAAAGUUAA